AUGAGUCUCGUACGCUCAGUCAGUGAAAUUACUGGAAACGACGGAAUUCUCACACAUGAAGCCGACGAACUUCUUCAAUUUUAUGAGUUCAAUUGCACCGAGAACGAAGAGCCCGAGCAAGAGCCCAACAUACAACAGAGCGAAAACAUUAAGAGCGCCAACGAGAAAGAGUUUACUUCCCCGUUGAAUGAAGUUAUGAAGAACCUGAAUGAUAUUCCGAAGUCCAUCGUCGAGAGUUGGGAUUUAUAA